GCAUUGGGUACCUGAAGGCUGUUUCAUUUAUAAAGCUACACAAGUGCAAAAUAAUUAGGGUUUAGCACAAACAUCGUCGUUUCAGCAGCGGAACCCUAAUCAGGAGGCGCGCAGCUCCAACAUUCAUCAACCAUGGGUCGUAUGCACAGUCGCGGUAAGGGUAUUUCAUCCUCUGCUUUACCAUACAAGAGGACACCACCAAGUUGGCUCAAGAUCUCCACACAAGAUGUUGAAGAAACCAUUUGCAAGUUUGCAAAGAAGGGUUUGACCCCAUCUCAGAUCGGUGUUAUUCUUCGUGACUCUCAUGGAAUCGCUCAGGUCAAGAGUAUCACUGGAAGCAAAAUCCUUCGUAUCCUCAAAGCUCACGGACUUGCACCUGAAAUUCCAGAGGAUCUGUACCAUUUGAUCAAGAAGGCAGUUUCUAUUAGGAAGCAUCUUGAGAGGAACAGGAAGGACAAGGACUCUAAGUUCAGGUUGAUUCUUGUGGAGAGCAGAAUCCACCGUCUUGCUCGUUAUUACAAGAAGACUAAGAAGCUCCCACCAGUCUGGAAGUAUGAAUCAACAACUGCCAGCACCCUGGUUGCUUAGAGGAUGCGCUGAUUUUCAUGUGAUGCUACUUUGUAGUACCAUCUGUAGUUUUUUUGGUUGUCUAGAUAGUUUAUGUGGUACCUGUUUUGCUAAGAAUCUAUUGUGAGAUUGCGAAAGGCACUUGAACUAGUUAAUUUAUUUAUCAAUGUCUCGUCCAUUUUUUUUUAAUAUACUAUUGGAGAACUAGCUGUUGUCGUUGGAAGACGUGGCUGACUUCAGUUUUUGGUUUGACUUUUAAUUACAUGUUCCAUAUCUGAAAUCUUUAGAGAAAACUCAUUUUGCUGCAGUUGAAUUGAAGGAUACAUUUAUCGUCUA